GCUUCUCCGAAAAACCUCUGGCUUGCUAGGGUUUAUCUAUCGUUUCGAUCCCUCGCCACUCAUUACCUCUUUUCCGACGAAACCAUGUCGCUAUACCGCCUUCUCAUCCGUUCCCUCCGCCGUUUCUCCACCUCCGAACUCGCUUCCCAAAACCAUCUUCACCAUACCCAAUGUGUGAACUUCGAGACUAAUAUAAACCCAUUCCAAAUCUCACAGAGCCGUGCCUUUGCGUUCUCCUCCGCCGAAGAAGCCGCUGCUGAGCGUCGACGCCGGAAGCGUCGCCUCCGUAUCGAGCCGCCCCUGAAUGCGAUUCGCCCUCCUCCGCAGCAGUCUUUCUCGCGUGAUCCUAACGCACCACGCCUACCUGACUCCACUUCUGCACUGGUUGGACCGCGCCUCAGCCUACACAAUCGAGUCCAAUCUCUUAUUCGCGCCGGUGACCUCGAUGCUGCCUCUGCAGUCGCACGUCACUCUGUUUUCUCUAGGACGCGGCCCACUGUUUUCACUUGCAAUGCCAUCAUAGCUGCCAUGUACCGGGCGAAGAGGUAUAACGAUGCCGUUUCUCUGUUUCAAUUUUUCUUCAACCAGUCCAAUAUAGUGCCCAAUAUUGUAUCUUACAAUAAUUUGAUUAACACCCAUUGUGAUGAGGGUCGAGUUGAUGUGGGGCUUGAGGUUUAUCGCCAUAUCAUGGCGAAUGCGCCAUUCAGCCCGUCUCCAGUGACUUAUAGACACCUUACCAAAGGAUUGAUUGAUGCUGGUCGCAUAGGUGAAGCUGUUGACCUUUUGCGUGAAAUGUUAAAUAAAGGGCACGGUGCAGAUUCUUUGGUUUAUAAUAACUUGAUUUCUGGGUUUUUAAACUUGGGAAAUUUGGAGAAGGCGAAUGAGCUAUUUGAUGAGCUUAAGGAGAGAUGUUUGGUGUAUGAUGGAGUUGUUAACGCAACUUACAUGGAAUGGUUCUUCAAUCAGGGGAGAGAUAAGGAGGCUAUGGAAUCCUACAAGUCAUUAAUGGAUCGACAGUUUAGGAUGAUUCCAGCAACUUGCAAUGUUCUAUUGGAGGUCUUGCUUAGGCAUGGUAGAGAAAAAGAGGCUUGGGCUUUAUUCGAUCAGAUGUUAGACAACCACACCCCUCCAAAUUUCCAAGCUGUUAACUCGGAUACAUUUAAUAUAAUGGUCAAUGAGUGUUUUAAGCUUGGUAAGAUUUCGGAAGCCCUUUCAACAUUUAAGAAGGUCGGGACAAGAGCAAAUUCAAAGCCUUUUGCCAUGGAUGUUGCAGGCUACAAUAAUAUCAUUUCCAGAUGUUGUGAGAAUGGGAUGUUAUCAGAGGCAGAAACUCUGUUUGAAGAAUUGUGUUCAAAAUCACUAAGCCCGGAUGUGCCAACCCAUAGGACUUUGAUUGAGGCCUACUUGAAAAUGGAAAGGAUUGAUGAUGCUUUGAGGGUAUUUAACAGAAUGGUGGAUGCUGGUCUGAGGGUGGUUGCUAGCUUUGGUAAUAGGGUAUUUGAUGAAUUGAUCAAGAAUGGCAAAGCUAUUGAUAGUGCACAGAUUUUGAGUAAGAUGGGAGAAAAAGAUCCCAAGCCGGAACCUUCUUGCUAUGAGGUUGUUAUAAUGGGACUCUGUGGUGAAGGUUUAUUGGACAAAGGCCGUGAUUUGCUGGAUGAAGUGAUGCGGUAUGGUGUGGGGGUGACUCCUGCAUUGAAGGAAUUUGUAACUGAGGUUUUUGGGAAAGCUGGGAGGGGUGAGGAGAUUGAGAGACUUCUUGGCAUGAAUAGAUGGGCACACAAUCCUCGUCCUUCUGGACCAAGGCCUCCAUACCGUCCACCACCUCCACCAGCAGCAAAAUACCCUCCUCAGAUGACAGGACCACAGAACCAGUCUUCUGUGCCUCCUUCUCAAAUGAGAGGACAGAUGCACCCCACGCAGCCUGCUCAAAUGACGGGAACACAUCAACCUUCAUGGGGUGCAUCUCAUCAUAUGAUGGGCCCUUAUAUGCCAGCAUCAGGAAUUCCACCGCAUCCUGCAGGACCACCUUCUGCACCUCCAUCUCCAAUGAUGGGACAGCAGCAAGAACCACAGCCUCAAAUGAUAGGUACACAUCAACCUUCAUGGGGUGGAUCUUAUCAAAUGUCUAGCCCUCAUAUGCCUGCAUCAAGGAUUUCACCUCAUCCUGCAGGGCAACAUUAUCCAUCAUCUGGGGAGCAAGUUCAAACAUCACCACCAUAUUAUGCACCCUCAGGACAACAUUAUCCACGUUCCGGGGAAGCAGCUCAAAUUUCACCAUCAAAUCAUUCAGUCUCUGGACCAUCAGUUGAUGCAGUCAGACCUUAUCAGCCCCCUUCUGAAUUCCCUCCUCAUGUUGAGGAAUCAAGUCAGCAGCAGUUACAAGUCCCUCAACGGAUGGCAGCUUGAUUUUGGAAGUUCAGGACGUUCCUGGUGAUGCACGCUUUCUUUUAAAGUAGGAGAAGAGAUGUCAUCAUUUUAGGUAUCCUCUGAUGUUAAGCCACAGUGGUCAAAAUCUCAAAACAACAAUAAUGAGGUGUUUGUAAGUUAAUAGAUGAUAUGGGAACCUACUCUCAUUUAUUAGUCCUUAUAGGAUGUGUCAUAUGGAAUAUUUCAUAUUAUAAUUUAUUAUUGUAAUUGACCUUGAAUUUUUGGCAAACAAAUAAUUUUGUACUGCCUCUGA